AUGGCUUUAGAGACGUGUGGAAGCUGUUUGAGUUGGCUGCUGAUACCUCUUGCACUUUGGAGUAUUGUUGUUAACAUCCUAUUGUACUUCCCUAAUGGGAAAGCGUCACAUGAUGCCAGUUACCUGCUUCCCAACUACGUGUGGUAUUUUGAAGGGAUCUGUUUCUCAGGUGUGAUGAUCCUUCUGUUGGCAGUAGUUCUGAUAACACUGGAAUGUAGCGUGUUCUAUCGGUGCUGCCAGAGUGAAAGCUGUAACAAAACCUACAGGAGUUUUAUUUCAAUUGUACUAGCCCUGCUUGGAGUUGCUUUCUCUGGAUACAGUUGCAUCAUUUUUACCCUGGGGUUGAUCCAAGGCCCCUUCUGCAAUUCAUCAGGUGGAUGGGAUUAUAUCUUCAAGGACACUACUGGAGGGUACCUCACAGAUUACCCUGCUUGGUCUCGGUGCACCGAACCUGCUAACAUAGUGGAAUGGAACAUCAUUUUACUCUCUGUUCUCAUAGCUCUUAGUGGACUGCAGUUGAUCAUCUGUUCUCUCAAAGUGGCUGCUGAGUUGAAACGGACGCUCUGUGGGACCUAUUCUGUUUUUGUCCAGCUGCAGAACGCAGACCUCGCCCCAACAGCAGCAGGGAGAAGUGGGCUGCAGAGCCAGGACGAAGCUCACGCCGCGCUGCCAUACGAGAACCCCUUUUUUGAAGAAGUGUUCCUGAACGUGAAGGGCAUGUGCUGCCCGCUGAAAUCCAUGCAUGAAAUACACCGGGCUGCAGAUUGGACUUUAUAA